GUUAAAUUAUUUGAAUCCCACCACUGGAGUUCCUUUAUGACUAACUAACUAAAAAUGCUCCUUUUGAAAAGUUUAAACUUAUUAAAAUAUAAGUUACAAUACAUUUCAAAGAAUACAAAAAUUAAGGAAUAAGCGAUGGACAUGGAAGAGUGUUAUCCUCACUUGGUAAUCACUAGAAAGAUUGUAUUUUUUAGUAUUUCUUCAAAAAUAGAAAAUCAGUGGGAAUGAACAGCCCCAUUGCAGUUAUUUAACAUGCCAAAAAAUGUAGCUUCAAAAUAGAAAUGUCCUGAAAUACUGGAAAGUGCUGCUUAGCUGUUUUUUGCUGCAUCAGUCUUUCCAUUAAAGUACUAGUUUGGUGUUGUGGUUAAGGCAUCAGGGAAGUAAACUGGGAGACAAGGAAUUAUAGGCACAAAGCCAGUUGGGUGACCAUGGAGCCUCCCUCCUCCCCCCUCUCGGCAAUGGCAAACUACUUCAGAAAAACUUGCUAUGAAAACAUGAGGGACUAGUCUAGACAGUUGUCAAACAUCAACACCCACUUGAAACCACACUUUAAAAAAAACAUACAAGUUAUGGAUGAGUCUUCUAAUACGUUCCAUGAAUACAUCCCUUUGGAUUCCAGUUAUAAAAAGUGACUUAAAUCUUUGACAGAAAUUAAAUACUCAGGAUAUAUACAUGAAAACCUUAUUGAUGCAUCUGCAUUUAGAUGUUGCUGUAUGAUGUUAGCAGUUUUUAGAAUUGGCCCAAAAUUAGGUCAUUCUCAGGAGAAAACACCUCAUACUUGUUACCUAAAGAAAGUGCCUCGGUAGUACAUCAAUUGAUGAAGCUAGCCCUGGAUGGCAGUCUUCUAAAUUCUUAGAUCUGGUUUUAAGUCAGCUGUUAAAGAAGGUGAGAUAAUAACUAUAAACCAAUUGUCAAGCCUUGGGGCUGUUUCCCUGCCUUUAGCUGCCAAAAUAGAUUCCCUGGAAUUCAAAUAGACUUGCCAAUCUCUGCUUUGAGCUUGUUCAAGAGCUUGAAGACUCAGGGUAUCAAUUCUGAAGUGAACCUGGCUGGAGCCAUCUUUUCCUGCCUCAUAGUUGCCAUGAACUUUAAAAGGGGAAAGGGAGUGGGGAAGUAGAUACACUGGCUACUAGUCAAAACAAAAAGAUUUCUCAUGGGAACCAAGGUCAUCCCAACAGGCACGUGAAGAAGGAGGAGUGACCAAGUAGCCUCCCAGCUACUUUCAUUGGACAAUGUGACCGGUAACAUCUGGGGAGGGAAAUAUUUGUUCUUUUAAUUAGGGGGAAAAUCACAGGAACUUUUAGAGUUGGUUUUCACUAGCUGUACCAAUAUGAUGUCUGCAAUAAACAUGUUCUUUGAGGAAUCAACCUGCCUUGGAGUUCUGCUUUUGGCAGAUGUGUUACUUGGAACCCUGACACAAGGUUUGUGCAGAUGGUGUGAGCCAAACUAACCACAUAAAUUUUUAGAUGGUGGUCUCAUAAAGACACCACUUCAGUCAGCCUCACCACAGUGUGCUUCCCUUCUAUUUUAAAACAGAAGACACCCUUACACCAUGAACUCUGCCUCCUCCACACCUUUUUGAUUAUGCUAGAAGAGAAGCACCAGCACCAAUAGCCCUCCAAGACAAGAAAAGGAAAGGAGGGGAUAAAAUACAUCCAUCUUAUGUCUCCUGCGUCAGGUUAACUGGUUCAACAACAUCUGUGUGAACAGAAUUUUUAAAGGACAAACACAUCCACCAGUUCUGUUCUGCAACACUAUUACUGCAAUGUCCUGCUUUUAAGAUGGGCUCUUCAGAGAAUAGGAAGUAGACUGAUAAGACAAGCAGACAGCUUCUUGGUUCAGACAAAGCAUACUAAAUAGGCACCCCGUUAUCUAAAUCAUAGGCCAACAUGGCUGAGGAGGAAAAUGACGAGUUCAAUUUUAACAUGUGGUACCAUUUCGUCCUAUGGUUAAUCGUCAUCUUUAUAUGGUGGAAAUGGAGAGAUGGGGAGAAUUUAGAUGACGUAGAUCCCGAAGGGAAAUACAUAUUCAUCACCGGUUGUGACUCCGGAUUUGGGAAACUGGCAGCUUUGACCUUUGAUAGGCGCGGAUUUCAAGUGAUUGCUGGUUGCCUAACUGAAAGGGGGGCAAAGGAGCUGAAAGAGGAGUCAACGGCUAACCUCCAAACAGUGCAGCUGGAUGUGACAAACUCAGACAACAUCAAGCAAGUAGCAGAACAAGUUAAGAAAGAAGUAGGACAAAGGGGUCUCUGGGGCCUUGUCAAUAAUGCUGGUAUCAUGGGACCAUCCGCCCCCACCGACUGGCUGAGACUUGAGCACUAUAGAGCGCCCAUUGAAAUCAACCUGAUGGGCCUCAUAAAUGUUACAUUAAACAUGCUUCCGUUGGUGAAGAAAGCCAAAGGAAGAAUAGUAAACGUAACCAGUGUUGGUGGCCUUCUGACAAUAUGUUCAGGGGGUUAUUGCCCAUCCAAAUAUGGAGCAGAAGCCUUUACCAACAAUUUAAGACAGGAUAUGAAGCCCUUUGGAGUGACAGUGUCCUGUAUUCAACCUGGCUUGUUCAAAACACAACUCUCUGAUAGAGUCCGGCUCAUAAAAGAAAAAGUGGCCAUUUGGAAUUCCCUUCCUCCCACCAUCCAACGGCAGUAUGGUGAACAUUACCUCAAGGAAGACGCAAUCAAGAAAGACAAAUUAGCCAACAUGUGUGAAAAUACAGACCUGUCGCUGGUUGUGAGGUGCAUGGAGCAUGCCUUGAUGAGCAAACAUCCAAAGGCUUAUUACAGCGUGGGCACAGAUGCUAAAUUCCUUUGGAUUCCUCUCUCCAAGAUGCCCACCUUUUUCCAGGACUACAUGCUCAUGAAGAACAAAGUUAAACUACUUAACCCAAACUCAGAAUAAGAUUUCCUCCUUUGUCCUUGGCGUUUCCAAGGGAACACCCCAACCUGUUGGCUCAGGACAAGAACUGACUACACAGUGACCAUGGUUGGUUACCCACUUCGAAGUACCAAUUCACGUACAGGUUUCAAAAGCUGUGCUGGCUUAAAUAAUGAAGAUAAAUACUCCAAUGUUCAGGCAAACAAGCAUCCAGGAGUGUGGGUGAUCCCAUUUCUUGCUGACAUUAAGACCGUAAUAGGGUCUGUAUUGUCUGAUAGUUGUUAAGGCUGAACUAGCAUCUGCUGACAAAAUUACAUCUUUAGGCAAUCGAUCAGUCGAAACUUGGAAAACUCUUAUUUUCGCAGGACAGUGAAAUAAUUGUGUCUUUUAAGAGCUCAUUAGAAGAAAAACAAAGCACAAAGGCAGUUAAAAACGCUAUGUGAUUUGCAAAAAUUGGUGAUUUGCAAGAGCGCUACAGAAGCAAAACAAAAUCCUUGUUUACCCUUUGUGUGUGUGAGAGAGAGAGGGGUGGAGGGAGGGAGAGAGGGACUCACAUAGUGUCAGUUUAAGCGGUUUGCAGAGGAUUGAAUUCUCGGAUUAUUGGAAUUUGCCCAGAGGUCAAGAGACUAACUUGUAAGUUCUUGCCUUAGAACCACAAUUGACCCCAGAAUUUAUGUUGUCAAGUGAGACAUUUGUUAAGUGAGUUUUGACCCAUUUUGUGAC